AUGGCUACCUACUCUGCCAUCAGUCCCCAGCCAGACGAGGCAGAUCCCAUGUCGUUGAGCACGGCAUCGCUCAGAGGAAGAAGGAGAGGUCGAGGCAAACAGGAUGUCAGAUUCAAGGGCGAGGCGACUUGGAUCUCCAGUGUCAUCAACCUGGCCAACACCAUCCUUGGUGCCGGCCUCCUUGCCAUGCCCUCUGCGCUUUCGAAAAUGGGCAUCUUCCUCGGCAUAUUUGUCAUCGCGUGGGCGGGCACAACGGCGGGCUUUGGCCUAUACCUCCAGACCCGAUGCGCGCGGUACAUCGACCGUGGCCAUGUGUCGUUUGCGACUUUGUCUCAGAUGACGUAUCCGAAUCUCUCCAUCAUCUUCGACGCCGCCAUCGCCAUCAAGUGUUUUGGCGUCGCAGUUAGCUAUCUGAUUAUUAUCGGGGACCUCAUGCCGGGAGUCGUCCAAGGCUUUGCGCCAGGCGCUCAACACAUUACGUUUUUGGUCGACAGGCAGUUUUGGAUUACUGCAUUCAUGCUAAUCGUCAUCCCACUGUCCUUCCUUCGCCGCUUAGACUCGCUCAAGUACACCAGCAUUAUCGCCCUCUUCUCCAUCGCAUACCUCGUCAUACUGGUCGUUGCGCACUUCAUCAAAGGCGAUACUCUGGCAGACCGAGGCACUGUCCGUGUGUUCCACUGGGCGGGCCCUGUGUCGGCCCUCGCCGCGUUCCCCGUCAUCGUCUUUGCCUACACGUGCCACCAGAACAUGUUCUCGAUCCUCAAUGAAAUCGCCGACAACUCCCACUUCCAGACAACGACGGUCAUCUUUGCCGCCAUUGGUGGCGCGUGCGGGCUGUACAUCUUGACGGGUAUCACGGGCUACCUUUCUUAUGGCGACAACAUUCACGGCAACAUUGUCUCCAUGUACCCUACUGCAGCCGCCAGUACUAUUGGUCGUCUUGCGAUUGUCAUCCUGGUCAUGUUCUCGUAUCCUCUGCAAAUCCACCCUUGCCGCGCUAGUAUCGACGCUUGUCUGAAGUGGCGUCCAGGUCGAGGACGGAAACAGACCGAAGGGAGCCCGUCACGCGCCAGCCUGAUGAACAACACGACCAAGCCAGGCACGCCUAAGAGUACCGAAAUGAGCGAUCUCCGAUUUGCAAUCAUUUCGACUGUUCUGAUUAUUCUUUCCUUCAUCACUGCCAUGACUGUGUCAAGUCUGGAAAAGGUACUCGCCUAUGUCGGCUCUACCGGCUCCACGACAAUUUCCUUUAUUCUUCCCGGAUUGUUUUACUACAAGAUCUCGGACCCAGAGUCGGCCCACCACCAACGGCUCAUCAAGGACGAGGACGACGAAGACGAGUUUCAGAGCGGCCAAGUAGAGGGCUAUGUUACACGCGAGGGGCAUAUAAACCGCGAUCUGAGAAGAGGACUGCUGAGGAAGCUGGCGCUUGCAUUGAGCAUUUACGGAGUCAUUGUCAUGGUGACUUGUUUGAUCACCAAUACCUUUCUAGCAACCACUCACUAG